AUCCCGCUGGACCCCAUGGUCAGCCCGGGGUCAGGGCUCUUCCUGCAGGCCAACAUUGUCCACAGCCAGCGGAGAGAGUCCUUCCUCUACCGGUCCGACUCGGACUACGACCUUUCACCCAGGUCCAUGUCCAGGAACUCCUCCAUCAACAGUGACAUCCAUGGGGACAACUUGAUAGUCACGCCAUUUGCACAGGUACUGGCUAGUUUGAGAACAUUACGGAAUAACUUUGCUGCACUAACCAACUUGCAGCAAGACAGAGCUUCAAACAAGUGGUCCCCUAUGUGUAACCAACAACCACCCAUCAUCAAGUCCUCUUUCUCAGAGGAGGCCUACCAGAAGCUGUCCACGGAGAUGCUGGAGGAGCUGGACUGGUGCCUGGCCCAGCUGGAGACCCUGCAGAUCAGACACUCUGUCAGCGAGAUGGCCUCCAACAAGUUCAAGAGGAUGUUGAACAGGGAGCUGUCUCACCUGUCUCAGAUGAGUCGCUCGGGGAACCAGGUCUCUGAGUUCAUCUCCAGAACCUUCUUAGACAAGCAGCAUGGCGCGGAGAGGCCAUGCCCCCAGAUGCAGAAGGUGAAGACGGACAAGAAGAAUGCCAAGCCCAUGUGUCAGAUGAGUGGUGUGAAGAAGCUGCAGCACAGCACUAGCCUCUCCAACUCGAAUGUACCCCGCUUUGGGGUCAAGACCGGGACAGACAACAAACUGGCAACGGAGCUUGAGGACAUCAAUAAAUGGGGCCUUAAUCUUUUCAAAGUCACCGAGCUUUCGGGGAACCGGCCUUUAACAGUAAUGAUGUACACAAUUUUUCAGGAAAGACAUUUAUUUGAAACAUUCAAAAUACCAUUAGACACCUUUAUAACUUACCUGAAGACUCUAGAAGACUAUUACCAUGGCGAUGUAGCCUAUCACAAUAACAUCCAUGCUGCUGAUGUCACCCAAUCCACUCACGUGCUUCUGUCCACGCCUGUUCUAGAGGCUGUGUUCACAGACCUGGAAAUCCUUGCUGCCAUCUUUGCCAGUGCUAUUCAUGACGUAGACCACCCGGGGGUCUCCAACCAGUUUCUCAUCAGUACCAACUCAGAGCUGGCCCUCAUGUACAAUGACUCGUCAGUCCUGGAGAACCACCACCUGGCCGUAGGCUUCAAGCUGCUGCAGGAAGACAACUGUGACAUCUUUCAGAACCUGACCAAGAAACAACGUCAGUCGCUCAGGAAAAUGGUCAUAGACAUAGUACUAGCUACUGACAUGUCCAAGCACAUGAAUCUUCUGGCGGACCUGAAGACCAUGGUGGAGACCAAGAAACUCACCAGCUCUGGAGUUCUACUACUAGAUAACUACAAUGACAGGAUACAGGUACUCCAGAAUAUAGUGCACUGUGCAGACCUCAGUAAUCCGACCAAGCCCCUGCAGCUGUACCGCCAGUGGACCGACCGCAUUAUGGAAGAGUUCUUCAGCCAGGGGGACAGGGAGAGGGAGAGAGGCAUGGAGAUCAGCCCCAUGUGUGACAAACACAACGCCUCUGUACAGAAGAGCCAGGUGGGGUUCAUCGACUACAUCGUCCACCCACUGUGGGAGACGUGGGCUGACCUGGUGCACCCUGACGCCCAGGACAUCCUGGAGACUCUGGAGGACAACAGGGAGUGGUACCAGAGCACCAUCCCCCAGAGCCCCUUGCCCACCCCAAACAAAUCUGACCACAGCAGCGGCCACCUCCCUGGGGCCAAAUUCCAGUUCGAGCUCACACUGGAAGAGGACAGAGAGACGGACACAGAGAAAGACAGCGGCAGUCAACCAGAGGAGGGGGAAGAGGAGGAGAAUAGUUGUGACUCGAAAAAGCUCUGCAUGCAGGACUCGGAAUCCACAGAGAUCCUGUUGGACGAAGAGGAGGAAGAGGGUGAAGGCCGUGUAUCGAGUAUGGUGGAGUUGGUGGAGGGAAAGGGAAAGAGAAGGGCGAGGAGGAGCAGAGAGCGGCUGAUGCAUAGCAGCAGGCGAAACGGUGCGGGUUGCCAAACUGCGAAAGAGAGACUGUCACGUUACGACAACAUCUCAAGGGAUGAGGUGAAUACUAGUAAUUGCCAUGAUGUCAGUAACACUGAGUCGUCAUGAGUUCCAAAGCGCACGUUGCCCUGCUCAAGCCCAGGCCUCUCCUCACUACACUCCGACUAGAGGCGAUAUGGGGGCACAGACCCCCUCUCCUCCCCUCAAGACUCCCUUGCUUGGAGC